AGACGGACGUGGCAGUACAAGGGCGGCGGCUGUUGCUGGCGCUCGGUCUUCACUGACGGUUGCUUUAUCCGUAAAUGGCCUCCAACCUUCCCUCCUCCAUUCGCGGCCGAAUUUCGACGCAAUUCGAUCGAUUCCCGCACUCACUCGGCUGCCUCGGAUAUUUCUAAAAUUCGACUUUGAGUCAAAAUGUCUGGAUGGCAAGCGUACAUCACGUCGAUGACGGACUCGUCGCCUGCCAUCAAGAGGGCAGCCAUCAUCGGCACCGACGGAUCCGUAUGGGCCCGAACUCAAAACGCCAAUGCCUUCCGGGCAACUGAAGCGGAGCUGAAGAAGUUUGUCGCUUUGUUUGACAAUCUUGCAAAUGUCCCGUCAACUGGAGCCGAUCUGGAAGAGGUUCACUACAUCGUUCCUCGCACCGAAGAGAACCUCAUCUUUGGCAAGAAAGAAAAAUGUGGAUUUUUCGCUGCUAAGACGAAAACUGCCAUUCUAAUCGCCAUAUACGAGGGAGAGAAUCAGGUCUCGGCUGAAGUACGGACAGCGGUUGAGAAGAUGGCCAAAUAUCUGGAGGACAGCGGUUACUGAGAUUAAUAACAAAGUUCUUAUUGUCUGAAAUAUCAUAAUGACUCAUGAUCGCCCGCCUUAUUCUCGCUUCACUCCGUCUUUUUAAUGUAUAUCCACAUCUCUUUUCUCUUUCGUUCACCCUUAUUAGGCGUUUGUUUGAUUUGCUUCAUAGUGUGAAAAUCGUUCAGAUUAUGUCUAUACUCUUUUUUCGCCUUCUACUUGAUUUGAUAUGGCAUAAGGUUUUCACAAUUUUAUCAUAUUUAUGUC